AUGGGCUCCAAAGCCAAGGCCAUUGCCGGUCUCCUGGCAGCCACCUGUGUCUGCAGCGUCAUCGCCCUCAUUCUGAGCGUGGUGAAUGUGAAGGAUGUGCUUCUGCCCCCCAGCACCAAGCACGGCCUGGUGUUUGACGCUGGCUCCACACACACGUCCCUCUACAUCUACCGGUGGCGCGCGGACAAGGAGAACGGCACGGGCAUCGUGUCCCAGGUGGAGGCCUGCUCAGUGUCCGGACCCGGCAUCUCCAGCUACGCAGACAACCCCGCGGGGGCUGGCGCCAGCCUGAAGCCUUGCCUGGACAGGGCCAUGAAGAUCGUCCCGGCCGAGCAGCAGCGGGAGACCCCCACGUACCUGGGGGCCACGGCCGGCAUGCGGCUGCUGAGGGAGGAGAACAGCAGCAAGGCCGAGCAGGUCUUGGCCGAGGUGUCCAAGGCCAUUGGGGAGUACCCUGUGGAUUUCUGCGGAGCCCGGAUCCUGACGGGCAGCGAGGAGGGCUCCUUUGGCUGGAUCACUGUCAACUACCUGCUGGAGACACUGGUCAAGUUCUCGUUUGCAGAGAAAUGGGAACAUCCCCAGGACACCGAGGUUCUGGGAGCUCUGGACCUCGGCGGUGCCUCGACGCAGAUCACCUUCCAGCCCAGGGUCCCCGCGGAGGACAGGAACACGUCCGUGUUCUUCCGGCUCUACGGCACCAACUACUCCCUGUACAGCCACAGCUACCUGUGCUACGGGCAGAGCCAGGCCCUGAAGAUGCUGCUGGCAGCUCUGCACCAGGCCAGCCCGAGUAGCCAGAUCAAGCACCCCUGCUACCCCCAGGGGUACCAGGAGAACGUCACCGUGGCAGAGCUCUACGACAGCCCCUGUGUGCGUGCGCCCAGCUCAGCCAGCCCUGGCCUUGUCCUCACGGUGACGGGGACAGGGGACCCAGCCGCGUGUGACGCGGCCGUGCGGAGACUCUUCAACUUCAGCUGCGGGGCGCAGGGGCCGUGCGGCUUCAAUGGGGUCUAUCAGCCCCCCGUGCGGGGACAGUUCUUGGCCUUUGCUGGGUUCUACUACACCUUCAACUUCCUAAACCUGACCCGCCAGCAGUCUCUGCGUGAAGUCAACACCACAGUCCAUUCUUUCUGCCGGAGGAACUGGACAGAGCUGGUGCAGAGCUUCCCAAAGGAUUUGAAGUACCUGCACACCUACUGCUCCGUGGCCUUUUACAUCCUGACGCUGCUGCUCGAUGGCUACAAGUUCAAUGAGCACACCUGGAGCAACAUCCACUUCAGCAGGCAGGCAGCAAACACAGACAUCGGGUGGACACUGGGCUUCAUGCUGAACUUGACCAACAUGAUCCCUGCUGAGGCUCUGCAGCAGGUCAAGGGCCACCAGCCCGGCCUGUGGGCAGGGGCCCUCUCCUUCCUCGUGCUGGCCAUCGUGGCAGGCCUGGUGGCUGCUUUCCUGCACUGCUUCUGGAAAACAAAGUAGCUCCCAGCCUCCUGACUAACAGGCAUCCUAGGCAUCCUGCCUUCUAAACCAGGCAGGGAAGUGGUGCAGAAGAGGUGGAAAGUGGAAAAGGAUGAAGGCAUUAGACCCAUCUCCAUUGCUCAGGAGAUCUGACUGGGUCAUCUCUGUGAAUAUGGAAGAUGACUUGAUCUCUCUCCAAGAGGAAGACUCCUUUAAUCUGACUGCCAAAAGCUGAUUGAGACUUGCUGGCUGCAUGAAGCUAAAAAAAUUCAAAUGAGAAAUAAAAUCGGUUUUGUUUUUCAAA